AUGGCUCCUGGCUGGCAUGCUGGUCUCCCAGGUGCUAAGUCACGCUGUGCCAGUGGCACUGGUUUCACCUGCUUUGGUUGUCUGGUGCUGCCAUGGUCUGGCCCAGCCUGGCAGUUCCCUGGAGGGGGCAAGUGGGCACAGCCCUGUCUCAGCACUGUGUCCCUGCUCUGCCCAGGGGCCCUGAUGGGCAUUGGAGAUGUGGUCUCUCAGCAGCUGGUAGAGCAGAAAGGCCUGAGGAGGCACAGUGGCCGCAGGACCCUGAGGAUGAUGGCAAUCGGCUUCUGCUUUGUGGGCCCCGUGGUGGGAGGCUGGUACAAGCUGUUGGAUCGGCUUGUCCUUGGCACCACGAAGACAGCGGCCGUGAAGAAGAUGGUGCUGGACCAGGCUGGCUUCGCCCCGAUCUUCCUCGGCAGCUUCCUUGCCGUCGCUGGUGCAGUCAACAGUCUGUCUGCAAAAGAGAACUGGGAAAAGAUCCAGCGAGACUAUGCUGAUGCCCUUGUCACCAACUACUAUAUCUGGCCGGCAGUGCAGGUUGCCAACUUCUACUUCAUCCCCCUGAACUACAGGCUAGCCGUGGUGCAGUGUGUUGCCAUCGUCUGGAACUCCUACCUCUCCUGGAAGGCGAACCAGCCAUGAGCCCCCAACACAUCCCACAUCGCUGCCCAUGCUUCUCCGGUGACCCCAUGGCCUGGGUCCCACUCCCUCUCCCACCAUGCUAUGCUGGUCCUCAGGGGUCAUCCACAGCACGGAAGGGGCUGGGAGCCCCAUCGCAAGGCCACCCCAGCCAGACUCAGCAAAGAGGCAGCACAGGGCCCAAGGUGUGGCACCACGACUGCCCCAGCACAGGCCUGGCCCCAGCCCCGACUGAGACCAAAUCAUGCUGUGGAGGGAGCUGUGCUGCCCCACCAGCCCCUCCAUCCCUCCAUCCAGGGCCAUGCUGGGACAGCCCCACUGGGGACAAUAAAAUGUGGUGGAUGAG